GUGUAGAACUAAAUCCUGUUUUAUGGCAGUACUGAGUGCGUUGUUACUUGCACGGGAGUUUUUUUUUUUUUAUUUAUUCAUUUUGUAUUUAUUUAUUAUUCACUCGAGUCAGACAGGCUUUUUUUUGCCCGAUUAAAAUGUUGCAGUAAUUAAGUCAUGCAUAGUGUAUGAUGUAUAUUGCUUGUGCCCCGUGGUCGGUCUUUGUAAUGUAAAAUAGCCCGUGUGAAGUAACGAGUUUACAGUAAUUGCAAGCAUUAAUGCAUUUUUAAAUGAGGUUGAGGUUACUGCAGUUCAUCGCCUAGUCGGAGCAUGUUGAGCGCUGCCUGCAGCGUGCAGCAUCAUCAUCGGAAAAUAAUUAAUCAUAGCAGACCUAGCACUUUGUAUGGCGCGUUUGUUACCAGGGGAGUCUAACACAGGAAUUCUGAACAGGAAACAUGGCUGUGAAAGAUAACCUCAAAGCUGUGCUGAACGUGGGCCUGCGGGUGCCCAGCAUCAUGCUCUUGGAUGUUCUCUACCGAUGGGACGUGAGCUCCUUCUUCCAGCAGAUCCAGAAAAGCACCCUCAACAACAACCCCCUCUUCCAAUACAAAUACUUGGCGCUCAACAUGCACUAUGUGGGUUAUAUAUUAAGCGUAGUUCUCCUGACGUUGCCUCGGCAACAGCUGGUCCAGCUCUACCUGUAUGUUCUCGCCGCAUUGCUCCUGUUCGCCGGCCAUCAGAUCUCUAGAGAUUAUGUGCGGAACGAACUAGAAUCUGAAUAUGAUGGUCCAGUAUACCUAGAGCCUCUUACAAUGAAUCGCUUUACAACUGCUCUUAUUGGUCAGCUGGUGGUUUGCACUCUCUGCUCUUGCGUCAUGCGCACCAAACAGAUCUGGCUGUUCUCCGCCCACCUGCUGCCUCUGGUGGCGCGUCUCUGUCUGGUGCCCCUGGAAACCAUCGUCUUCAUCAACCGCUUUGCCAUGAUCUUCACCGGCCUCGAGGUGCUCUACUUCCUGGCCUCCAACCUGUUGGUCCCCUUCAACCUGGCCAAGACUGCGUACAGAGAGCUGGCUCAGGUGGUGGAGGUGUACGGUCUCCUGGCACUUGGCAUGUCCCUGUGGAAUCAGCUGGUGGUGCCGGUCCUGUUCAUGGUCUUCUGGCUGGUUCUGUUCGCUCUGCAGAUCUACUCCUACCUCAGCACCAGGGACCAGCCCACCUCCAGAGGGAGGCUUCUCUUCUUCUUUCUCACAAGCAUUGCAGAGUGCUGCAGCACCCCCUACUCUCUGCUGGGUUUGGUGUUCACUGUCUCCUUCUUGGCUCUGGGCGUCCUCACCCUCUGCAAGUUUUACCUGCAGGGAUACCGUGCCUUCAUGAACGACAACACAAUGAACAGGGGGAUGACGGAGGGAAUCACGUUGCUGAUCCUGGCUGUACAGACAGGGCUGAUUGAGCUGCAGGUGAUUCACCGAGCAUUCCUCCUCAGCAUCAUUCUCUUCAUCGUAGUGGCCUCCAUCCUGCAGUCCAUGCUGGAGAUUGCUGACCCCAUCGUCCUCGCACUGGGAGCCUCUCGAGACAAGAGCCUGUGGAAGCACUUCCGUGCAGUGAGCCUCUGUCUCUUCCUCCUGGUGUUUCCAACCUACAUGGCCUACAUGAUCUGCCAGUUCUUCCACAUGGAUUUUUGGCUUCUCAUCAUCAUCUCAAGCAGUAUUCUCACCUCCCUGCAGGUGCUGGGCACACUCUUAAUCUACGUGCUGUUUAUGGUGGAGGAGUUCCGCAAAGAGCCAGUGGAGAACAUGGAUGAUGUCAUCUACUACGUAAACGGCACCUACCGGCUGCUGGAGUUCCUAGUGGCACUUUGCGUGGUGGUCUACGGUGUCUCGGAGACCAUCUUUGGGGAGUGGACUGUCAUGGGGUCCACCAUCAUCUUCAUCCACUCCUACUACAACGUGUGGUUGCGAGCUCACCUGGGCUGGCAGAACUUCCUGCUGCGCCGCGACGCCGUCAAUAAGAUCAAAUGCCUGCCCAUGGCCACUGACGAGCAACUCGAGAAACACAACGAUAUCUGUGCCAUCUGUUACCAGGAUAUGAAGUCAGCAGUGAUCACCCCAUGCAGUCAUUUCUUCCACGCUGGCUGCCUCAAGAAAUGGCUGUAUGUCCAGGAGACCUGCCCUCUUUGUCACAGCCAACUAAAAAGCCAAUCGCAGCAAGCCACGACAGCUGCACCUCCUCCGGGGGCUGUGCAGCCCCCAGCACAGGAAGCCCCUGAGAACCAGGAGAGGGCUGUGCAGGAGAACCCUCCACCGGAAGAGCAGGGGAGCCAGGGGACACCCCUACAAGACGGGUCUGGCUCCAGCUGCAGAGACUCACCAGGGGAGGGGCAAUCUGGGGGUUCAAGCAGCGCUGUGCUGAAAUCUCCAGAUAUCCAGGAGCAGCCCAAACUGGAAUGCCAAGGCAGUAGUCUAGAUGGGCUAACAGCCAGCCAAGCCAGAAGACAGGAGGCUUACAGUUCUUCAUCUCCACACUGCUCUGCUGGAUCGAAUGAUUCAGAAAGCCUGAAUACACAUUCCAGUGUAGGGGUUUUAAAGGAGAAUCGGGGAGACUCUGAGGCACCCAGUCAUCACAUUGCUGGAUGUUUACAGGAUUCCCCAGGGAUACCAGAACAGGAGGUUGGGAGGCUUGCAGAAUCUACCCAGAAGUUGAAAUGAAAAUGCUUGCUGAAAUGAAAGUGCUUGUUCAAAUGAAAAUGCUUGUUUUUAAAAAGGGGUGUUAGAAGCCAUUAGAGUAAAAGAAACUCAACAGUAAAGACAGAAUGUAAACAUUGAUAUAUAAAUGCCUCUGUGUUUGCUAGAUGUGAACAUCGUGACUGUUAAAGCAAGGUCGAAGUCAGCAUUUCAUAGGUGCAAAUCUAGGGUGAACAGCACAGACUGAAGAAUGUGUUUUUCUAGAAGCUUUAAGCACGCUUACGCUAGCACGCUGCCAUUGUCUUGUUUAAGCUGUAAUUUUUUUUUUUUUUUUUAAUAUUAUGCCAUUGCAUUUGCACUGAUGUAACUUAUAGCAAUUCUCCAAAGUUGUCUUGUAAGGUACCAAAUGCUUUUUUUUGGUGCAUAUGAAGAAAAUACAUACUUUAUAUAUAUAUAUAUAUAUAUAUA